AUGGUGUGUAGCGAAAUAAACUCGGGCACCUCCGUGCCCAAAAAGGACCCUCCCGCCCGCCGGAAGCGUAAGUCCCGCCCUCAGGGCCUCCCCUCGCCCGCCCUGUGCUGCGCCUGCGGCCUCUGCAUCAUGCUGGCGGGCAUCAACAUCACGCUGGUCGGAGCCUUCGCCUUUACCACGCUGAUGCCCUCCGGUAACCCGCCCAUCAUCAUCGGACCCAUCCUGCUCCUGCUGGCCUUCACCUUCUUCGCCGCCUGCUGCGUGUGCAGCCGCUUGCCCCCCGCGCACAGCUCGCGGCGCUCCAAGGCGGGCAGCGUGGGCUUCAUGAGGCGCCAGGGGGCGGCGUUCGAGAUCGAGACCAGCGAGCACACCAUCCAGGACACCACCGCCGUGCAGCUCAGUCCCACCAACUCGCCCAGCCUGUCCCGCAGCUCCGGGUCCGAUCAGGACGCCAACGUCACCGCCGACGCCGACGCGGGCGCACCGGGGACAGACUAUAGACUCUUCACCAUGGAGAGUAACGGGCCGAGUCUGCCAUCCGCGGCGUUUUCAACCUCCGCAGGAAGCGACGAUGCCGUGAAGCUAACGCUACCAUCUCACGCCAGCUAGAACGUCCGUAAACAUCCGACAGGAUGAAAAUAAAAGGUUUAGCCAGGAGGUGGCGCUG